UUGAUGCUCUCGGUAAGCCCUCUAGCGGAAUAAUGGAAGGGAGUGUGGUAUUUCUUGGUUUUUAUUCAGAAUGUGUUACGACAACUGCUAUCCCUCCAAAGAACACGACAAUGGAAGACUUUCUGCUUUUCAGGGGAAAAUACUGCCUACCAACGCUUUCAUUUGCAGGUACCACAUCCACUCCACCUCAGGGAAUACCUGGGCCCUCCUAUACCGUUUUAUCGUCUAGUCACCCAAAGAUUGGACUGUGUAUACCGUCGACGUGUUCUGUAAAUGAUGUUUCUCUUGCUUUUAACCUAGCUGUAAGCCAAGUGGCACAAGGUUGGACAGCAUCCAUACCUCAUUGUUACACGCAUGAAAACGUGAUAUCAGAUGAUGCGGCUGCUAUUGCUGUCAUGACAGUUCUCCUGGCUGUUGUAUGUCUCGUUGUCAUCAGUACCGUCUUGGAUAUGUUCAUACACGAGGUUUGGGAAAUUAACUUACGUCUCAGAAGAAAACAGAUAAAUGGAUCUUUGGAGAUUCUCUGUGACCAACAAGAUCAGACAAAUACAGACAACAAAGUUAUUCAAGUGCUGAGGGCAUUAUCAUUGAAGAGAAAUGCGCAGAAGCUUCUCAAUACAUCAACAUCAGAAGAAUCAAUUGAUAUUUUACAUGGCAUUCGUUUUUUAACUAUUGUGUGGAUCAUUACGGGCCAUUCCUGCUCUUUCGCUGUUCAAUGGCUAUUUUUCAAAGGUGGCGUGAACAUGAAAAAUAUGUCCCGGAUGUUUUGGAUUCAACCACUUGUAAAUGGAACCUUAUCUGUCGACACAUUCUUCUUUCUUAGUGGUUUCUUGGUAACAUUACUGACAUUAAAACAACUGACAAAAUCGGAAGGAAAACUCCCCUUGGCGUGGUUUUACUUUCAUCGUUACUGGCGCAUGACCCCUUUAAUGAUGGCUAUUAUCGCUUUUUCUGCUGUACUUUUACGGUACGUGGGGGAAGGGCCAGCUUGGCUUGAUACUAUCAUAAUGUACGACACCUGGUGUAAAAAAAAUUGGUGGCUGAACGCCCUCUACCUCCACAAUUUCAUCGACACUAGUAAUAUGUGCCUGAGCCAUACGUGGUAUUCUGCAGUGGACUUUCAAUUGUAUAUUAUCUCUCCGUUAAUUAUUUAUCCACUUUACAGGGGCCUACGAUGGGGACUUCCAGUGCUACUAGGAUUCUUUAUCGCCACUACGGUAUCAACAGGUGUUAUUACAGGUACUCAACACUUACCACCUAUUCCAGUAUUAAACGAUGCCAUCCCGACGGAUGUAUUAGCUAGGUUUUCAUCCAUCGUGUACAUCAAACCUUACUGCAGAGCUGGACCGUACUUGGUGGGCAUGGCAUUGGGAUACAUAUUAUUUAAGUUUCCAAGUGAUGUUGUAUUAAAAAAGAAAUAUGUGGUUCUGGGCUGGUGCCUUGCUGCUACAUGUAAUAUUCUAGUCCUUUACGGAAUGUGGCCUGUUUAUAGAGGUAACCUUCCCUCUGACUUGUCCUCCGCUAUGUAUAGCGCUCUCGCACGCACAGCAUGGGCUGUUGGGCUGGCCUGGCUGACCUUUGCCUGUAAAGUAGGAUAUGGGGGUUUUAUAAAAACUUUCCUUUCGUGGAGAGCUUUUAUUCCUCUGAGUCGUCUGACGUACAGUGCAUACUUAAUUCAUCCUGUUAUUAUGUCAAUGAUUUAUGGCGUACAAAACGUGCUGGUUGAUGCAACUUUUAGCUACACGAUGUACCUGAUCUUUGGAAACCUUCUCACAACCUUUAUUUUAGCCUUUAUAUUGUCACUGAUCUUUGAAUUUCCUUUUGCUGGUCUGGAAAAAAUCAUUUUAAAGAGAAGAAAAGCGACUGAGAGGUCGUGAAACAAUCAAAGUGGGUAUAUCGUGUUCACUUUGCAAGGAUGCUGGGAUGAACUACCAUGAUUACAUUUAUUAUAUUCCCAGCUGUAUUGAUGGGCAUUAAUGUGAAAAAUAAUAAUCGUAUGUAUAUGUAAUAAAUUUUAUUCA